AUGAACAGACAAGUCUCCAAGACAUCUGGUGGUGGGAGCCGGGGCUUCUCUGGGCGCUCCGCUGUGGUCUCCGGCAGCAGCAGAAUGAGCUCUGUGGCUCGCUCUGGGGGAGCCAGUGGAGGGGCCUGUGGGAUCCGGGGUGGAGCAGGUGGCUUUGGCAGUCACAGCCUCUACAACCUGGGUGGCAACAAGAGCAUCUCCAUUAGUGUGGCAGGUUCCCGGGCUGGUGGCUUUGGUGGAGGACGUAGCAGCUGUGUCAGUGGCUUUGGGGGCAGCUAUGGAGGUGGCUUUGGGGGUAGCUAUGGAGGUGGCUUUGGUGGUGGCUAUGGAGGUGGCUUUGGUGGUGGCAGAGGAAUGGGAGGUGGCUUUGGUGGAGCUGGUGGUUUUGGUGGAGCUGGUGGUUUUGGUGGAGCUGGUGGUUUUGGUGGAGCUGGUGGUUUUGGUGGAGCUGGUGGCUUUGGAGGCCCUGGUGGCUUUGGAGGCCCUGGUGGCUUUGGUGGCCCUGGUGGCUUUGGCCCUGGUGGCUUCCCUGGGGGAAUCCAGGAAGUGACUGUCAACCAGAGCCUCCUGCAGCCCCUCAAUGUGGAGAUCGACCCUCAGAUUGGGCAAGUAAAGGCCCAAGAACGGGAGCAGAUCAAGACCCUUAACAACAAGUUCGCCUCCUUCAUCGACAAGGUGCGGUUCCUGGAGCAACAGAACAAGGUCCUGGAGACCAAGUGGGAGCUGCUCCAGCAGCAGGGUACAAAUUCUAUCACAGGCACCAACAACCUUGAACCUCUCUUUGAGAACCACAUCAACCUCUUGCGGAGUUACCUGGAUGGCAUCAUUGGGGAAAGGGGUCGCCUGGACUCAGAGCUGAGGAACAUGCAGGACCUGGUGGAGGACUUCAAGAAGAAAUAUGAGGAUGAAAUCAAUAAACGUACAGCUGCUGAGAAUGAAUUCGUGACCCUGAAGAAGGAUGUGGACACUGCUUACAUGAACAAGGUGGAGCUUCAGGCCAAGGUGGACGCCCUGAUGGAUGAGAUCAACUUCUUGAGGACCCUCUAUGAUGCAGAGCUGUCCCAGAUGCAGAGCCAUGUCAGUGACACAUCCGUGGUCCUCUCUAUGGACAACAACCGUGACCUGGACCUUGACAGCAUCAUCGCGGAAGUCCGUGCCCAGUAUGAAGAGAUUGCCCAGAGGAGCAAGGCUGAGGCCGAGGCGCUGUACCAGACCAAGUUAGGAGAGCUGCAGACCACGGCUGGCAGGCAUGGGGAUGACCUGAGGAACACCAAGAGCGAGAUCUCAGAGAUCAACAGGAUGAUCCAGAGGCUGCGGGCUGAGAUAGAGAACGUCAAGAAGCAGAAUGCCAACCUGCAGACAGCCAUUGCAGAAGCUGAGCAGCGUGGAGAGAUGGCUCUCAAGGAUGCCAAUGCCAAGCUCCAAGAGCUGGAGGCCGCCCUGCAGCAGGCCAAGGAUGAUCUGGCCCGCCUGCUGCGUGAUUACCAGGAACUGAUGAAUGUCAAGCUGGCCCUGGAUGUGGAGAUUGCCACCUACCGCAAGCUGCUGGAGGGCGAGGAGUGCAGGAUGUCUGGAGAGUGCCAGAGUGCUGUCAGUAUCUCCGUGGUCAGCAACAGCAACACGACGUCGGCCUCUGCGGGUGGUUACGGGGGAGGGUUUGGUGGCGGCUUCGGCGUGGGAGGUGGCGCAGGCAGCGGCUUUGGCCGGGGAGGUGGCAGCGGAUUCGGCGGAGGCAGCGGUUUCAGCGGCGGCAGCAGCUUCGGAUCUGGCUCCGGGGGUCGUUGUGGAGUCAGUGGAGGCGGCUUCAGCUCAGGCAGCAACCGGGGCAGCAGCAUCAAGUUUUCCCAGUCCUCCCAGCGCCACGCCAGAUAAAGAAGGCGCUUCAGCCUCGCAGCACCCCGGCGCCUUUCUCCCCAUCCCUUCUUCCCUCUCGACAUCAGCAACACCUCCAGCCAUACCCCUGUAUCCCCCAAGGGAGCUACUCUUCGGGGCUGGGGGACUGGGACCCUCUUCCUCCUCCUCCAAGAUCCCUGACCAAGCCCAGCCCCUAGGAUUUCAGGUUCUCCUCUCCCUGGCUCCAGCUUGAGCCUGUGAUUGCCCGGUGUGGCCUCAGCCAGCACCUGCUGCUGUCCACGGGGCCCAGGGUGGGAUGGUCACCACGUUUCUGAUGUAUAUAAUU